CUAUAUCUAAAUGUGUGUGUUACACAUAUGUAAGUAUGUAUGUAUGUAUGGUAUGGACCGCGGUGCAUCAUAACCGCUUGAUAUGAAUAGAAAUGCUAAAUAUUGUUUGGUACAUGCAACAAAGCGUGUCCAAGAUAUUAUAUAUACGUGUGUGUGUGAGCCUAUGUACUUGUGUGCAUAAAAAACAAAUGCAUACUACUUAACUGCAUAUACAGGGUGUUAAAGGAAGAAUGUGACAUAUUUAAGGAGGCCAAAAUAUUAUGGACCAAAAGAAACCAAAGUUGGAUUUCCAAAAUAUUUAUUUCCAAACACCUGUUUACUUCCUAAGCGAUUUUUAAAAGUAUCGAUAAUUAGUACUGUAAAAUGGGCAAAAUGUUCAGCACUAGACAUUCAAUUGAAAAUUGUACCCAACAUAAAUUCAUAGCACUCAGUGCUGGCUCACAAUAUGGCACUCAAAAUUUUGUUUUAAUACAUUGAGCAUUCUACAGAUUAAUGAGAGUAAAAGGAAGAGAGAUCGUGGGGAAAUUGUAUAAAGAAUGAGGAAUAUUCUUUUGGUGAAGGGGUAUGGGGGGUAUUGUUAUAACAGAUCUUUGAAAAAGCGCUAUCAAAAAAUCACAAACGGUGCUUCUGCGUGUAUUAUUGAUUUAAGAAGUGUCUGCUUACGCUCUUUAAAAAGAAAAUUCAAUAUUGGGCAUUAAUUUAAAUUUCAAUGAAAUGGUUACUAUUAAAUAUAUUGCUUAGGGUGGUCGAAAAAAAAUUGUAUUUUUGUUGCUGCCCCUUACAUUUUUGCUAUGAGGCACUUUUUUUCAUUUUUUCUACAAUAUUUAUUUAAUAUUUACGCCUGUCGCCAAUGCCAUCAAAUUUACCGUUGAAUCCCCAUAAGAAAAAUGCACUUUUUCAUAAAUUUGGUAUAAAAUGUUUAUGGAUAGAAAUAUUUAAUCUCCGCUUUUAAUUUACCUUCAUAAAUGACAAAAAAAAAGAAACUUUUUAAAAAAAUUUUAAAAUUUAAUAAAAUUUUUGCAUGGACUCUGAAAGUAUUUAUUUUUAAUUUUGGAGAGGGAGGAGAGUUUAGAAGUUUUGAAGUGAAACUUCUUAGACGUCGAUAGACGAGCGAGAAUGGAGAGUAAAAUUUCAAGCCCAUGCAACGUUUUGGGCAUUUUCGUUCCGCGAGAGAGAAAAAAGAUAUAACGUAGAGGGAAAAGAGAGAGCUAUACUUUAUAUAUAUCAUAGAUACACUUUAGGCUAUUUUUCCUGAGUUUUUCCUUGUGGUUGCUAAUUUCUAGUGAAAAAUAACACUGCCUAUGUUUGUUGGCGCUUGUUUGUUGGUGCAAACUUGUAGGAAAUAUAUUUUUGGUGCCUACUGUUUGUGGCGUUUUUUGGUCCCAAUUUUUUGGCAUUUUUUUUAUGUCUACUUUUUGGAGCUUAUUUCCGUUUUCUGGCUAGUGUUUGUGCGUUUUAUAAAGUGCUAUCCAUUCCGGCGUCAGAUUUUUCGGUAUUGCCUUGCGGUAAUUUGUGCCGUUGCUGUGGUCCUGGAAUCGCUGCGUUUGUGCGGAUGAUAAACGCUUGUAGUAGUGCGCGUUGUUGCCACGGUUUGUGGCCGGUCUCUCCCUCUUUCUUUGUCUGCCUUGAAAGUUUUACUUCUGUUAUGUGUACUACGCUACACGCACUUUUAUUUUUGGUCAUCCCAAUAUACACCAUUUGCUCUGUUACCCUAUUUUGAAGACAUUGGUUAAGUCAUCGAUUACUUUUUGUGUUGUUUUCUUUCCAAAUUGAAGAUCUUGAGGCAAUUCAAAAGCUGUGCUUUCUUAAAGGCUCUCUUUGCUCAAUUUUUUUUGCUCGAAUUCUCUUUAAGUAAUUCGUUUCUGCAGCCCUUCAACGCUAUUCACAGAAUUACCAUAGAUUAGUGUGCUCUGGAAGUAGGUACCGACCUUUAUCAUCCCGAUAAAUAAUGAGAACAGAAGAAACACAGAGAAGAUUCCGUCGAUUUGGAUAAGCCUAAGCAUAAAGACGACGAACUUUGGGGACAAUACCAUGAAAUGCAUGCCGGUUAAUUCCAAGAAUGAUGAAAAAAUAUUGCGCCCAUCAGAUAUUGUGUGACGUUACAUUGUAGUUGCAGCAGCAUGAGAGAAAUGUGUAAAUGCGAGCUAGAAUGCAAAAAGAGGAAUAAAAGACACAAACAAUGCGCGAAUAAAUUGCACAAGUUCUUUGUCACAAUCGCUGUGAUUCUCUAAAAUUCGCUGUGAGCAAAGUAGUGGUACCACCUUUUUAUUCUCUCCAUAGUGAGUUCAAUUCUGCUUCUGUUUCUUAGAAGAAACAGUCAUAGAACGAAAACUUGUCAAAUUGUUGAGUUCGAAAUAAUGUUUCCGAUGUUGAAUUAGUAAAAAAGUCUUGAAAAACAUUUAUUGAUGGUUGGUAGGUCAAUUACGCUUGAUAGUUCGUGAGAGAAGCUCUUUGUAUAAUUAUAUGGAUAAUUUUCUUCGAACUCAACACAAAUAAUUUAGCAAAGCAUCAGCCGACUAUGAUAAGAAUACCCGAAUAAAUAAAGAGUAAUAAAGACAUGCAAAAGUACCAUAACACCACAGCCGUUAGUUUGCUGACUCAUGUUUAUUAGGUCAUUUUCUGUUGUUGUUUUGUUUGGUCCAUGUUAUUAACUUUUUAAAUAUUUUAGUUUUUCUAACACCCUUUAUGGGCAAGAUUUUCUGUCACAAACAGCUGUGUGUAGCAACGCAGUUGUUGAGUUAUGAAUACGUCAACCCAAAGAUAGACGGUGUUAAAAGCUAGCCACGGUGUUAGCCACGACAGUUUUAGUGCUAAAGAUGACCACUAAACCAAAUAUAAAACAAAAAACAAAACAAAAAAAAACUGCUGUGUGUGUGCGCUGAAUGUAUUUACAAAGCUUCGUGGUGCACUUGCCAGCUUUUGUUCCGGCAUUUAAAAUACUAACAAAAAAACAAACAUAAUACAAAUUUUUGAAAACAAAUUAUUCAUUUGCGAAUAAAUAAAACAGUUGUAUACGAAACUACACACACACACAUAUACACACUACACUAUUUAAAUAUGAUAAUUGUGAGUGAGUAGCAGAGUAGUCAAGAGCAAGUGAAUUGUGCUUCUCAAUUGGGAAGAUCGCACCUAGUUGAGAACAUUGCUUACGCUCUCCACGAAUGCAUAGCGUAGAUCACGCCGUUGGGCGCGAAUGGUGAGAGUGGGCCAAACAUUAAUCAGUAACUCACGCCACUAGCUUUGGUGGGCAGCUACGUUGUGCUCAUACUCGUGUAUGCGUGUGUGUGCAGUACUCGUAUUUGGUUAGUUUUCGAUUCCGCAUUGCCAGCGUCAUUGUUGUACCUUCGCCGAAAGCCGGGCAAAGCAAAGCUGUGCAGCUGUAGUGAGAUUUUAGUUAACGCAGAUAUUCCGAGACAUAACGACCGUAAAACGCGGCGGCAGAACGCGUUUUAAACGAGAAAAAAAAAAUAAUAAUGUAAUAGGAAAAAUGCAUUUGGGUUGAUCUUGAUCUCAAAUUUAAUCCUGUCGUGCAGUGUAGUAAUAACAACUGGUCAACAAGAAAUAUGAUUCGUGUAGAACAAUGAACUACAAGUGCAACAAAUGACUCACAGCCCACCACUUAAACACCCUAUAAUAAUGAAAGAAAACUUCGCCCUUCUAUUUCAGCGAAUUUUAAACGUGCAAAAAUUGUAAUUUUUGAAAAAGUGAACAUUAAAGAGAAACUGUAACUUUGCGAAUUUUAUAAAAAGCAUUGGUGAUAAAAAAGGAAUACUUGAACUAAGAAACGUUUCCUAAUACAAAAAACAAAAGACUACGCAUAAAUAUACUUAUAUCCGCCAUACGUAUCACAACCAUCCACAAUAAAAGCCAUGGAUUUGAAUUACCUCGAUUACCUCGCAUACCUGGAGACUUUUUGGGCUUACUUUCCCUACCUCUUCUACGCGUUCGUCUUUCUCACUCUUAUACCGAAAUCCAUACGCCGCAUCAAGGCCUUCGCUAGUGCCGACUACGAGGCCAAUCGUCACAAAUACCAUCGCUGCUAUGCGCCGGAUAUUUGCUGCCACACCUUGGGCGAGGCUAUGCCCAAGCCCAAGCCGCGCAAGGCCGUUACGCGCGUCUAUCCGAAACGUCACAGCACAGCGGGCAGUACAGAAGCGCACUUCGCCAAACAGGAUACGAACGCCAAUCAUAUAAAACGGCAGGUAGAACCUGCCUCCAUACAAACGAACACGCACGUCAAUCAAAUUGCGAAAAUGUUCGAGAAUGUGCCCACAGUGACCGUGUCGCCAGUGCUGUUGGGCAAGAAAAUCAACCGCGUCACACCAACCCUACAAUGUUUGGAGGACGACGACAAUAUAGCCGCAGCAGCGCCAACACCACCAAAGCCCACCACAUUGAAUGCAUCGCGCCUCUCACAGCUCCUCUCACAGGAGCAACUGGAGAACUCACUGAGUUUGCUGCAGCAAGCAAACACGGAUGAAGAACAGAAUUGGAUGCGCGAAUCACCGCCACGCCGCACACGCCGCGAAGCGUCAAAUACGCUAAAUUAUGGCGCUGGCACCUCCACUACGCCAUCGACAGCAUCACCGGCUGCCUCAUCGCCACUCUCCGACUCACCGCCGCUAUCGUCUUCGCCACUCGCAUCGCCGGUGAUGUUCCGCCCACAGCUCAAUAUGAAAUCCAGUUUGGAGGACAUUUUUGCUGCCAUCGCGCGAAAUGCAGAGAAAAACGAGAAUUUCAUUUAUGCCGGCUGCAAGACACUGCCGCCAGUCACCUCCAUCGAUGAUAUACUUUCACAGCGGCGCCUCUCACGUCCGCUCUCCGCAUACUCGAUCAGUGAUCUCUUGAACGAGGAAAGCAGUGCGAAGGAUGAGGCGCGUGUUGAGGAUUUUCUCACUGUGCUCAACACAACUUGAACAGGCAGCGAAAAGCAAAGGAAAAAAAAGGAAAGGAAAGAGACAUAUUCAUACACAGGCAUGCAGUUUGUUUGGGGCUGUGAAGUUGUAUAUGCAGGCUGUAACGGAUGUGUGCUUAUUUAGGGUUUAUAAAUGUAUGAGAUAAGUGUGUAAGCGCUUCAAAGUAGUAUAAAAUACUGGAUAAGCACGUUUGUGUGUGUGUGUAUUCAGUAUACAUUUGUAUGUAUGUAUGUAUGUAGUUGGAAGUUUAGCCUUAAGAAAUAUAGCAUCGUAAAAGUUGACAGCUGGCGGUUAGUAGUCGCAACCAAAUGUCAAAGUGCCAUGCAAGCAGUGCCUCGCCAUCAACAAAAACAAAUAAUAACAACAGCAACAGCAACGUCACAUUAUGUAGCCCGUGCGCCGCAGCGAUUUAACCGGCGAACAGCUGCAACUGCAGCUGGCCCCAACGAUGAGUCACACAAGUCCGCCGAACGUCAGUCAGAAGUCAGCGCAAAUUUUUGCGGAAUUUUCGAGAUACAUUAUUUUUUUUAUUUUUAUCUCAUUUUAUCUAUGUAUCCAAUGACGUUAGUUGGUUGUAGUUAAAUGUGUAUUUGUAUGGGCUUGUAAAAGCAGGGAACUCCAUGCAAAACUGUGAAUAUCCAAUUAAGUUUUAUGACUAUUAUUGCGUAAAUCUUUUUAUGAACAUAAUUUGUAAUUAUUAUUACUUGUAUUUUUAAUGCAUUUGUAUGUAUGUACAUUUACGUACAUAUAUAUUCAAGCGAGUAUAUGAAAGAAACCGUACGUGUACUUCAAUGACAACAGGUCAAUUAAAAUCACAACAAAAAAGAAGAAAAAAACAAGUUAACUGACAUUUAGCCAUUAAGCCAAUAGGAGGAAGUCGUCUUUUGCUGGUCUUUAGUCGUGUCUAAGUAAUGAUUUGUGUCAACUAGACAUUAAACUCGUGGAAUGCGACGAAACUUUUACUCUCAUAUUUAGCUUUAAAUGCCACGAUAAGUGUUGAAUUUGUGCAAUCGGCUGUUUUAUCGCAAUUGCGCGUUUUUUUUUUGCACUCGAGCAUAUACAGUGCGCCAAGUGCUGACAAUUCCGGUUUUACAUAUCCAUAAUUGACAAUUGUUUGUAUGAGUUUGUCUUGAUUUUGGCUGUCACUCGCUUGAACGCAUUUGUUAGUUCGAACUUGGCAUAUUUAGAAAUUUUUGAAUACAUUAAAAAAUUAAGGGUUUUUCGGAAAACGCGCCUAGAUGUUGCACGUAAAAAUUUAGACUCUUUCAGCUUUCAAUAUUUUUAUUUAAAAUAAGGCUGCUUGUGAAAAAUGACACUGACAUGAGCACUUCUACGGGUAAAAUACGCCAAACAGUCAAGUUCAUUAAUGCCAAUAGGCCAGGCCCGUCACAAUGGGUUCGUUGCGUGCGUUGCAGCAAGGAAUUUGACUGACGGCAAAAUUUAAGGGGUUAUAUACCUUGUGAGCCCGAAAAAAUGGACGAUUGCCAUAAUUUCUUUUUAAAUAAAUAUCUUUUAGAACUUUUAUUCAAAUGAGGCAUAUAUCAUACUGAAGGGUAACUCUCGAAGAAUACAUUUUGGUGUUUUUAUUUUAAAAAAUGCUAUUAUUUAUUGUUGAUAUCGCCCCUCCUCCGAAACGCCGUUUUUUAGAAGAGGCUUGCGGUGAUCACGGUAGCGCGUGAGCAGCUGAACUGAAAUCAAAAAAAUUAAAUGAUUAUUGUAGAAAAAUGUUUUUUAGUGAAUCUGAACGGUUUAUUUACCCAAAAAAAAAUGUUCUCGAUAUGAAAACCGUUCUGCACAAAAAAAAAAAAAAUUAUGGAGGGGUUGAAAAAUUAAAAAAAAAAAAGUUAUUCCAGCGAACUAUGCAAAUAUUUAUAAAAACAGAUU